CUCUGUGGUUGCUCCUCCCCGCCGGCGCUCUGGCCCGGCGCGGGCGGGCGCUAUGCGCAGGCUCGGCCCUUGCCUCAAGAUGGCGGCGGUGGCGGAUAAACAGAAGCACGAGCACGGGCGGGUGAAGAUCGGGCACUACAUCCUGGGCGACACGCUGGGCGUCGGCACCUUCGGGAAAGUCAAGGUUGGAAAACAUGAGCUAACUGGGCAUAAAGUUGCUGUGAAGAUCCUGAAUCGACAGAAGAUUCGCAGCCUUGAUGUUGUAGGCAAAAUCCGCAGGGAGAUUCAGAACCUCAAACUCUUCAGGCAUCCUCAUAUAAUUAAGCUGUACCAGGUCAUCAGUACACCCACUGACAUUUUCAUGGUGAUGGAAUAUGUUUCAGGAGGAGAACUGUUUGAUUAUAUCUGUAAAAAUGGAAGGCUUGACGAGAAGGAAAGUAGGCGUCUGUUUCAGCAAAUCCUUUCUGGUGUGGAUUACUGUCACAGGCACAUGGUAGUACAUAGAGAUCUGAAGCCUGAAAAUGUGCUUCUUGAUGCACACAUGAAUGCCAAAAUAGCUGACUUUGGUCUAUCAAAUAUGAUGUCAGAUGGAGAAUUUUUAAGAACAAGCUGUGGUUCCCCUAACUAUGCUGCACCAGAAGUAAUUUCUGGAAGGUUAUAUGCAGGUCCAGAAGUAGAUAUUUGGAGCAGUGGGGUUAUUCUCUAUGCUUUGUUAUGCGGAACACUUCCAUUUGAUGAUGAUCAUGUGCCAACCCUUUUUAAGAAGAUAUGUGAUGGUAUCUUUUAUACCCCUCAGUACCUGAAUCCAUCUGUAAUUAGUCUUUUGAAGCACAUGCUGCAAGUGGAUCCAAUGAAAAGAGCAACAAUCAGAGACAUUAGGGAACAUGAAUGGUUUAAGCAGGAUCUUCCAAAAUACUUGUUUCCUGAAGAUCCAUCAUAUAGCUCUACCAUGAUUGAUGAUGAAGCCUUAAAAGAAGUGUGUGAGAAGUUUGAAUGCACAGAAGAGGAAGUGCUAAGUUGUCUGUACAGCCGAAAUCAUCAGGACCCUCUAGCUGUUGCUUAUCACCUCAUUAUAGAUAACAGAAGAAUAAUGAAUGAGGCCAAAGACUUCUACCUGGCCACAAGUCCACCAGAUUCUUUUCUGGAUGAUCACCACCUGUCUCGCCCUCACCCUGAACGAGUGCCAUUUUUAGUAGCUGAAGCACCACGUCCUCGCCACACCCUUGAUGAGCUGAAUCCACAGAAGUCAAAACACCAAGGUGUAAGACGGGCUAAAUGGCACUUGGGAAUACGGAGUCAGAGUCGACCAAAUGAUAUCAUGGCUGAAGUUUGUCGAGCAAUUAAACAACUGGAUUAUGAAUGGAAGGUUGUAAAUCCAUAUUAUCUGCGUGUUCGGAGAAAGAAUCCAGUAACAAGUGCAUAUUCCAAAAUGAGUCUCCAGUUGUAUCAGGUGGACAGCAGAACAUACUUACUGGACUUCCGUAGUAUUGAUGAUGAAAUUGCUGAAGCGAAGUCUGGGACUGCUACUCCACAGAGAUCAGGUUCUGUGAGCAACUAUAAAUCUUGCCAAAAAGAUUCAGAUGCUGAUGCUCAAGGGAAAUCUGCAGAUACAUCCCUUACCUCAUCAGUGAACUCUUCGCUUGACUCUUCCACAGCUGACGUAACUCCAAGACCAGGGAGUCAUACCAUUGAGUUUUUUGAGAUGUGUGCAAAUCUUAUUAAAAUACUUGCACAGUAAUUUUGAAGAUGGGCUUAUUUCUUUUAGAGCAAUAAGCAUGCCUAAAUCAUAGUCAGAUGCUUCCAAUUAUAAUCAAGUGAAAUUAACUAAGGCGCUGAAAAAGCUAGCCACAGAAUGCAAUUUGCAUGGGGAUAAAAUUAUUAUAGGCAGUUAUUAUGUAUUAUUUUGAAGCUGGAGUGAAUUCUGGUUGCCUGCUGUCCAAUAGCAUGACAGGUACAGGAAAUAACAUGCCCUUUGGGUAGUGUUUGUAACAUUUUACCUUGAGUGCAAAAUAGGCUGCCUAUAACAUUUAAGCUAGAUGGACCUCCUUGUUUUUUAUCUAGUUACACAUGUAUCUGAUGCACUGUAAGUUAACAUACACGUACUAGUUCUGUGAUCUCAGUAUGAUUUGGUCACCCUCUGCAGUUGUGACUCACACCUAUCAGCAUCUCCUAACAGAUGUUAAUGUGUUAAAACUGCUAUGUUUCUUCCCCCUUAUAUGAUAAAAAAUAAUAAAGAAUGCUGUGAUGUGUUACAAUGUACUACUUUUAACAAUAAGUGUUAUUAAAGGUAUGCAAAGCUGGCCAGUUGGAAAUGUGUAGCUGCUCUGUAAUGAAUUGAGAGUCAACAUUCUGUGGACAGUGAGUAGAAUGACUGAGUCCAUAACAGUGAUAGGAGACUUAAUGCUGAGAAGAUGUGGCAUCCCAUGGGCUAAACCAAAAUGUUGCUUUGUGGAGAAACUGUGAGGAAGCUCCUCCUUGUCUGUACAUGUUAUCUUAGUGUGGUGGCAGCACAGCAGCUCCGCACUGCUAUUGCAGACCGAGAAUGCUUUUCCGUAGAAACAUGUCCCUGUAGUUAAGAGCAGAGCCUGAGGGCUGUUUCAUACUAUUCCAGAAUCUGAAAUUUACAGGUUUUUGACAUAUAUGUUCACACUUUGAUACAGCUGGUUAUCACGAUAACUUAUACUAUAUAGUAUUCAGUAUGAAGUGAAAACCACAUACACAGGUUUCUAAUUUUUCCCAGGCAACCUCUAUAGGAAACUUAAUUAUUUAAUGUGAUUGAAUUAAAUAGUGUAACUUUUCAGUUGAGCAUUGAAAACUGAUCAUGACAACUUGAGUGCUAGAGUUUUUAACUGUAGAUUGCAAUUACCCAUAAUAAAAGUCCUGCAUUUAUGGUUUUUGUAGCAUUUCAGGAAAAAACCUGAACUUUGUAUGUUAAAAUCACAGGUAGUACUUGCAUGAAAACCUUUAGUCUCUUUGAAUUGGAUAUAAUUAGCCAUGAUUCCGUUUUCAUCUGGCACUUAGCAGAUAUCAACAGUCAUAAAGUACUUAGUUUUGCAUUCAAGUCUUCAUGCUUGCUUAAAAAUAAUAUUCAUGACCUACAUAGUUUCAAAGGCUGUUCCCCCAGGAAGAGACUGGUACUCCAGGCAUUACUAUGAGCAGUGAAACCUGGACUCUUCACGUGGAUGAAAAUUUUUGCCAAUGGCUGAGAUUUUAUCCAUGGGAAACUGCUAGGUACAGAUAUAGGAACAAUUUAAAUCCUGGCCAGCUGGCUGCAGCUUAGAAAUUCACAUGCACAGAAUCUGAAGAAACAUAAGGCUGUUUUGAAGCCCCUGAACUGCUGUAACUGUGUUUUGAACUGGGUGAUUGUGAGGUCUGUCUCAUAGGUGGGUACAAGUUUACAACUUCAUUUUUUUUUAUCCUCAUAUGUCACAGAUGGUCCCUGUAGUGAUGUUAGCUGUAUCACUGUACCUUAAAGUGGAAGAUUUUCCAAAGUGGAAGUUAGUAUCAGAAGUUGAAACCCAAAACUUUAAGAUGCCAAUGUGAGGGACCAAUUGCAAAUCCUACAAAGAUGUUCUGUCUUUAGUUUUGUACAAAUUGGUACCAAUGUACUGAAUAAAUCAAUGUGUUCAUUUUUGUUACCCUUUAUUUUGGAAUUAAAUAUUGCACUUGUAUAAAUACUACAAACGCACAGGUUUUUAAAUUGUAGCAAUUCCUCAUCUGGAAUUGGUUUGGGAUCACUUGCAUAUAUUGAACUAUUUAUAAAUGCUGUCUUCUCCUUGUAAUGUUGACAACACAUGCAAGGUUUAAAGAUGCAAAGUAGUUCUUUAUUUUAUAUACUUUUUCAGCCCUUUAAGACACAACCCUGCUUUGUCCUUGGUUUUGGUAUCAGGAGGUUAAAGCAAGUUUCUGAAAGAAAUGUACAAUAUAUGUAGUUGUAAAUAAAAGUGCAUUUUUAUGGUAGAUCAAUUUUGAUGGCCAAAGGUUUUAUGAUUGAACUGAGAUUUUUAUAGGGAGGGGGAGGGGUAGAAAGGGGCACUAAAAACCAAGUUGAACCCAGUUGCCUGUUGUGUGACUUUCGAAUGCUUUGUAGAUCUUGCUGUUGAAAUUGCUUUCUUCACAUGUUCCUACUGAUCUUGCAGACCUUUAGGAUUGCACUUGAAGCUGGCAAUAGGCUGUGAAAUGAAAUUUCACUGAGAGAGCUGCCAGAGUUGUAAGGCAGCUUAUGCAGAUACACUAACUGGUAAAGCGUGUUACUCUGUAUUCCCCACUUACUCCUGUUGGAGUAUGAUGAGUUUCCUUGUCUUUGUGUUGUAAUUUUUUUCAGAAUCUGGGCUGUCCGUGUGCAAGAUAAAUCACUAGGUAAUGGAUAAAAAUUCAUUUUGGUGGUGCAAUAUGAAGAAAAAAAGUUCUUUCAUGUUAGUCUUGAUACAACUGUUUAAUACCAACUUCAAGCUAAAUUUUAUUUUACCAGUUGAUUACCAGUGUAAGACACAAAGUCCUGUUCUUUAACAAAGAUGUGCCUACUUCCUGUUAAUUUCUUUUGACAAAGCUGAAUGGCAAAAAUGCUUGUUUCUACCUGUAUAACUUUUUAAACUUUAAAAACUAAGUAAACAUGAAAUACUGAA